AUGUCUUCUGAAUCUUCGAGUCUAUCCUGGCAUCCUGCCUUUAUGCCAAAUUCAUCCGCAGAUAUAAUACAUACAAAACCAACCCCGGAAUCGCAUUCGAGUACGUUUCCAACAGAACACGCCAUCCUCGAAGAUUCGAAACCGGAUUCAUCCAUGGUUCCAUCGAGAGUAGAUACCCAAGAGCCCCCAGCGGAGGCUUUAGAAGACUCCGAGCCAAUACCCGAUAAUACUGCCCAUCCAGAACUACCCAACCUCCGAGAUGCACUCGCGACAUCCUUGGCGAGUCCAGGAGGGGUGGAAAUGGAUGAGAGCCCAGUACAUAAUGGCAUCGAGAUGCCAGAAACUGCCAGAGAAGACAAAGCCGAAUUCCCAUCAGAAGCGCCUUCAAAUGAAAGUAAACAUCUCAGUACAAUGUCGUUUGCGAGGACCGCCCAGGAGGUUAACUGGGGGGAGGAUGAUGAAGUUGAUCCGGAAUGGAAUAUUUCCAGAGCAGAUACAGACCCUUUCAAAUUGAUGGCCAAAACAGACCGGACGAACUCUUUUCCUCAAGUUCCACCGGCGCAUUCCUCCGGGUUGAAUCACUACGAGGAGCCUCUGCCUCAGAGCCAGGCGGAGGAAAUAAUGAAUAAAGCUGAGCAUGAAUCGAGAGAUCUAUUUGGAGAUGAGGAACAUGAUGGAGAGGACGAUUUCUUUGCUCAACAAGCAAGCUCGGAGCAUGAACUAUUCCCGGAGCCCCACCACGAAGGGAGAGAUGAAAGCGUUCAGACGGACUUUGGGCAGACAUACGGAGGCGAUUUCCAGCAAGAAGAAGGACAGGAAGACCAGGCCCGGUAUGAGGAAGGUAUUCCCCUUGUACAAUCAGCGGAGGACGAGUAUGCUGAUCGUCCCCCACCUGCAUUUAUGGAUGGUGACGAAGGAGAUGAAGAAGACUUCUUUACUCAAGUCAGCAAAUCAGAGCCGGCCCCUGAUCAGUCUUUAUCGGAACCACCAACCCUAGAACGGAAAUCCACAAUGCAAGUUAUGGACUCACUUCACUUCCAGCCGCAUCAGCAAACUCAUCCAGAUAUCGUUGAAGAGACCAUUGAAACAGCCCAAAGCUCUUUAGACCGCGCAACAGGGGGCGGGAUAGCAGUGUCAACGAGCACCAUACUAUCCCAGGUUCUUGGCGAUCCAGCAGCCCCCAUUCACAGUGAAGCAGAAACCUUGACUGCUCUUGGGAUGGAUUCUGCAGAUGGAGAUCUGGCCGAGAAAUGGAAAGCUGCUUUGGCUGGUGAUGAAUUCCUGGAUGAUGACGAUGAGUUUCUGGCGGAUGAUGAACCUGUUGAUGAGGAUGCAGCUCUCGACCCAGCUGCUCUGUUUGGUAGUGAUGAUGAGGGAUUUUUGGAUGAUACUGAUGAUCAAGAUGCUGAAUCCAAUGCAUUCAACCAAACGAGCCCUCCAAUUCCAGCCCCUGUUACAUCCCCCAAUGGUCAUGUGGUGGGAUUCGAUAGCUUGACUGGGGCAGCUCAACCAAGACCAAUGAGUAGCAGCAGCAGUCGCUACCUUCCAGCUGGUACCAAUACAGCGGUUCCUCCGCCAGUGAAUAAUUAUGCGCCUUCUGGGCCCAUGUUGACAGAUCUUUCCAGACCUGGACUUACUACUAGCGUGUCAACUCCUUAUAUCUCUCCAGCUACUCCUAGUUUCCCACCACAGCAACAAGAGCUUCAACGACCGGAAAUGCCAAAGGCUCAAAGCUUCGCAAACCAGUCAAAGGGCGGCUAUUCAUCACCGUAUGAUUUACCAAUGGAAGUCAUCAAACCGCGAAAGCGAGUUAGCAUGCAGCAAAUUAACCAUGGCUACAAUGCACCGGCUGCAAAUGUACCGCCCCCAAGGAGUGCCAGUAUGCAUGACCAACCACCUCUGCCACAGUCAAGAGGAUCUGGCUCGAGUUUGUCACCACCCCAGAGUAGCCAUUCUGCCCAGCAAAGUCAAUUACAGCCCACAGCAGGUCCGCCCAGUGCUCAACCUCCCAAAACUAUCAAAAAACAGGCUAGUGGAUUCUUUGAAGAGCUCCCUAUGUCAAGUAGACCCAAGCCUGCUCCAAGACACUCGACUGGAUAUGGUUCUCCGACGUUACCUGGACAGGCCAGUGCACCGCCUCAAUUCCCAGGACAAGUGGCGCAACCACUCUACCCUCCUCCCAUCCAACAGCAAGUAGCCCCAGGGCCACCAGCGCCACAGGGUUUGGUCGCACCUGAAAGAGUCAGUCCAUAUGCAUCUUUAACAACCACCCCCGUACUUCCACCAUCCAUGGCCUCGAGGUAUUCUCCAGCACCACCACAACCACAAGCUCAUACUGCUCCUCCGGCGCUUUCGCGGUAUUCUCCAGCACCGCCAAUUCAACGUCAACAGUCUCAAGUAUACAAUGCACCACCUGUGAAUGCUCCACCACCCCCCGUUUUUGCCCACCAACCUCGAACGUCAAGUCCACUGGCACAUUUUGAGAGGAGUCAAGAACCCAGAUAUGGAAGUGAUCCCAGUCUCGACCGUCGAAGUAGCUCCUCGGGAUACGACUCGAGUGUGAGGGCCCACCAUCUGCCACCCACCCGUGAAGUUGAUGAAAACGAGCAAUUGCCAGCCUCUACAAACCAACACUAUGGUUCGCUAUCGCAACAAACUCUGUCACGACCACCCCAGAACACGAGAGCUACUUCAACCCCACCUCCACCCCCGGCAAUGAAGCUUGCCUCACCACCCAAGCGUGCACCGUCGAAUUAUCUGCCUCAGCAAGCAUUGGAUACUACUCCACCUCAAGCGUUCGCACCCCCACAAAGGUCACAAACUCAAUCUCCCGGGCAAACAUUUGCGAGGCCCAGGCAUGAAAUGCCUCCAUCCGCUCCAUACCAACGACCAGCUUCAGUGGAGAUCCCUACAUCGCCAAAAGCACAACCAGGUCCGGCUAUGCAGCCAAUAUUUCCUCCUUCUCGCGCUAGAGGCUUCUCCCAGGCUUUGAAUUACAUUGCUCCUACUGAUGGCCGAGAACAUGACCCUAUGCAACGGUGGAGAGGUGCUCCUGUCUUUGUCUGGGGUGUUGGAGGGACAAUCAUCACAUCAUUUCCCAAAGACGUCCCGAGGUAUGGCAUGAAUCAAUCAGUACCCAUGAUUAUUCGCAGCCCUGGAGAAGUGAGGACUCGAAAUAUCAAGGACAUCGAUCCUCUUCCACAACGAAUGACAAGCUUUCCUGGCCCUCUGAAAGGGAAGUCCAAAAAGAAGGAUGUUGCGGCCUGGCUUACUGCUAGUAUCGAAAUCCUGGAGCAAAAUGCGUCGUAUCUCCGGACGGUGACUCAUCUUUCCCAUGACGACAAGCGGACCGAAGAACGCAUCAUUCUUUGGAAGAUACUGCGAGUCUUCAUCGAAAAUGAUGGUGUUCUGGAAGGCAACCCAGUAGUUGAAAAGGCCGUUCGGGCAGUGCUAUCUCCCGACCUCGAUGACGCAAACACGACCGAGGCACCUUUGUACGCAACUGGAGCCGAUCUCUCGGGAAUCACACAUUCUUCGGAUUCUGGAACAAGAGCCGACCCGGUGGAUGCUUAUGCAGUUGACCAAUUAAGGAAACACUUACUUCGUGGUGAACGUGAGAAGGCUGUCUGGGAAGCGGUUGAUAAGCGAUUGUGGGCGCAUGCCAUGCUUAUUUCCAACACCGUGUCGAAAGAUCUUUACAAGCAAGUCGCUCAAGAGUUCGUACAAAAAGAAGUCAAGAACAUCGGCGAGAACACCGAAUCUCUCGCUGCGCUUUAUGAAGUAUUUGCUGGCAACUUCGAAGAAAGUAUAGAUGAGCUUGUUCCGCCCUCAGCUCGAGCUGGUUUCCAGAUGGUUAGCACAUCAAAUGCUACCGGGCCUUCGAAGGAUGCGCUUGAUGGGCUGGAUAGGUGGAGAGAGACUCUCGGGCUUGUCUUGAGCAACAGAAGUACCGAUGACAACCAAGCUCUCAAUGCCAUGGGCAAACUUUUGUCUGGUUACGGUCGAGCAGAGGCAGCUCAUAUUUGCUUCUUGUUUGCUCGAAAUCUUUCAAAUUUUGGUGGCAUUGACGAUCCCUCGGUCAAUAUUGUACUCGUCGGAUCAGAUCACCUCAAACAGCCUUACGAAUUUGACAAAGAGAUGGAACCUAUCCUACUAAGUGAAGUGUUUGAAUACGGCAUGUCACUUUCCAGCGUCUCGAAUGUAGCAGUCUCGAGUCCGCAUCUAUCAAUCUACAAGAUGCAACAUGCUACGCUCCUUGCCGAAUAUGGGUAUAGAGAAAAAGCCCUUCAAUACUGCGAAUCUAUUGCUGCAUCUAUUACCUCUCAGACUCGAAGGUCACCUUACCAUCAUCCUUUGUUGGUAUCCGCUUUGGAUGACCUCAGUAAACGAUUGAAGCAGUCUCCUAGAGAAGAGACUACUGGGUGGAUAUCGAAGCCUAGCAUUGACAAGGUUUCCGGAUCUUUAGGCUCCCUAUUUAACAAAUUUGUCGCUGGGGAUGAAGAUAAGGAGGGAGCAGGAUCGAUUGCUGGAAGCGGAACAGAAAGUGGGCCUUUUGCUAGGAUUGCUGGUGGCACUCCGACAAUUAGUCGCUCCCCGUCUACCACAGAUAUCUAUGGAUCCCAUAUCGGAGGACUGGGCAUCAAUGGCACUGCUAUUGCCAUCCCAGCUACCAGAGCUUCGUCAAAGUACGCCCCAAAUCGAACUUACACACCGGAGCCUCUCACUGCUUCCUCUUAUGGCUCCCGCCCUCGAAGUUCUUUGGAAGAGAGAUCAUCUAGUGAGCAUCGAAGAUACGAGCCUCAGCGCCAGAUGUCACAAAUGUCGGACUAUCAACCUAACUCGCAACCGGCUCCAAAUCAUCAUGUGCCGCAAGCGAACACAGGAUAUUCGCCUCAAUCUGUCUAUGCACCAUCUAGCGGCUCACCAUACGCUCCUCAACAAACAACCCCGAUUACCGAACAACCACCUUCAAAUAUAUAUUCCUCGCCACAGCCGCUCGAUAACUUUGGUGGACUUCAGCCUGCAAACUCGUAUGCACCAGUCGAACCGUCCUCCCAACAGAACUCUGGAUAUGAACCUUCAAAUUCUAGUGGCUAUGAACCGCCAGCUUCUAGUGGUUAUGAACCACCAUCUGGAGGCUACGAACCCCCAUCCAACAGUUAUCAGCCUUACGAGGAGCCAGAUUCUCCUGUUGACACCAAAGACAAGAAAAAGUCUUUCAUGGACGAUGAUGAUGAUGUUCCAGGAGCAUCCGCAUCACAGGAGAAAACCAAAGCGGAAAAAGACCGGGAAGCGGACGAAGCUUUCCGGAAAGCCGCAGAAGCAGAUGCCCAAAAAUCUUCUGCAGCACCCGCAAAGAAAGGCUGGGGCCUCGGCGGCUGGUUCGCUAAAAAGGAACCCCAACAAGACAUGUCGCAACCCGGGAAACCCAUCCGCGCCAAACUCGGCGAAGCAUCGUCCUUCGUCUACGACCCAGAUCUCAAACGCUGGGUCAACAAGAAAGGCGGCGAUGUCGCGCCCACACCUACUUCUACUCCUCCACCGCCGCGUGCUGUUGGGCCGCCGAGAACAGCAUCUGUGCCGCCUGCUAGUGCGCCUACGAGUGCGCCGAGGGCCAUCCCGACCGCUAUGAGGGCUACGAGUGAUUAUGGUGGGCCUACGGGAAGUCCAUUAUCACGGUCUGAUGGGCUACCACCUUCAAGUCUGAGUAUGGAGAGUUUGGUGCCGCCUCCCAUGGUGCGGAGCGUGAGUAAUGGGUCUGCGGCUGGUGGACCACCGACUGCACCACCUAGCCGGCCGAGCACCAGCAUGAGUAAUGCGAGUAGUAUUGAUGAUUUGCUUGGUCCUGCGACGGGUGGAUCGCGGAAGGGGACGACGAGAAAGAAGAAGGGGAGGGGGUAUAUUGAUGUGAUGGGCGGCGAUAAAGGGUCGUCGUAG